AUGAAAUUAAAACAGCAUUAUCAUCCUUGUAAGCUCUAUGAUUAUUAUUUGCAAGAAAUUGAGACUAGAUCUGUUAAUGUACUUGGAUUAGCUAUAAACUCUUUUGAAGCAAAUACCAAUAAUGACAAAUAUCAAUCUGAUAAAGAAAGUAAAGAAACUCAACUUGACUGGAUGAUUCUAGCAAAAACAUAUCCUAAUAAUCAACUAUACAAUUCUUUAGAUUUUGGGUCUCACAAUAUUGAUCUAGGCUAUAACUAG